UGUGCGAGCAUCUGGCAACACUGGCACCCUUUCAAGAAACUUCAAACACGUGCAACGCGCUACUCGCGGCGUGUUCGGUUUCUUUUUACAUUUUCAGUUGAGUUUUCGUUGACAACAGCAACAAAAUGGGCAAGAAAACAAAAGUAGGAAAGACGCGCAAAGAUAAAUUCUACCAGUUGGCCAAAGAGACUGGCUUUCGUUCGCGUGCCGCAUUCAAGCUCAUCCAAUUGAACCGCAAAUUUGGUUUCCUACAACAGUCACAAGUAUGCAUCGAUCUGUGUGCUGCACCUGGCGGCUGGAUGCAGGUGGCCAAACAGAAUAUGCCUGUCUCCAGCAUUGUGAUCGGUGUCGAUCUAUUCCCAAUACGACCAAUUGCCGGCUGCAUUGGCCUCGUCGAGGAUAUCACCACAGAGAAAUGUCGUCAGUCCCUGACCAAGGAGCUGCAGUCGUGGAAAGUGGAUGUGGUGCUGCACGAUGGUGCACCAAAUGUUGGACGAAAUUGGCUCUACGAUGCCUAUCAGCAGAUCUGUCUCACAUUGAAUGCCCUAAAGCUGGGCACACAUUUUCUGCGUAGCGGCGGUUGGUUUGUAACAAAAGUUUUCCGCUCCAAGGAUUACAAUGCGCUGCUCUGGGUGCUCAAGCAGCUCUUCAAGAAGGUGCACGCCACCAAGCCAAGUGCUUCUCGUAAGGAGUCCGCUGAAAUAUUCGUCGUUUGCCAAGGCUACUUGGCACCGGAUCGCAUAGAUGCACGUUUACUGGAUGCAAAAUAUGUCUUCGAGGAGCUGGACCUGGAGGGCAAGCAAAAGAAUAGUCUACUACAUCCAGAGAAACAGAAACGCGUCAAGGCCGAGGGCUACACAGAGCAGGAUAUCGCACUGCGCAACGAUCUGGCUGCCUCACAAUUCAUGCAGGCGGAAAAUGCCUUGGCUGCUCUCCAGGGCGUCGGCUCCAUACGCAUAGAUGAUGAGCGCAUCGCCAAACAUAAGAGGACAACUAGUGAGAUCUUAGAGUGCUGCAAGGAUCUAAAGGUGCUGGGACGUAAAGACAUCAAGGGUCUGCUGCUCUGGUGGAAGCACAUCAAGGAGGAGCUAUUCAAAACCGAAGCUGAUGGCGUCAUCGAGGAGCCAGAGACAGAGCAAAAGCCCGCUGAACCUUUGACUCAAGAGCAAAUCGAGGAUAUGGAGGACGCCGAGCUGCAGCAACAAAUCGAAACUCUCGCCGACGAGGAGCAAAAGGAGUUGAAACGCAAACGCAAGAAGACGCUCAAAUCGAAGGCGAAACUCCAUGAAAAGAUGAACCUCAACAUGGUCAUCAAAGGCGACGACGGUCCAGUGGAGGAAGGCGAACAUGAGAUCUUCGAUCUUAAGGGCAUCGAGAGCAUUAACGAGCUGAACGAUAUGCUCGACGUUCAACCUGAUUUCGAUGUGGAGGGCGAACCCGUGGAGCGUCCCAAAUUGCCGAAAUACAAGAAAUACGACAAGGAUGACAAACGGAUGGACGACGAUGCCAACUAUGAGAACGAGGACGAGCCGGAGGUGAGCCAGGAGGAGGACAGCGACAGCGACUACGAUGAACAGGGACUCGGCCUGAGCGACAAUGACGACGAGGAGCAGGAAUCGUCCAAUAAAAAGGGCAAAAAGAAGAAACAGCGAGGCGAACAUCCAUUGAUCAAGUCCGGAGAUUUUCGGGACAAGGAUACACGGCGACAACAACGUGUCGCUCUCUGGUAUGAAAAGGAUAAUCUACAGAAUAUUGGUAACGAGGACGACGACGAUGAAGAGAACUAUGAUCUGGAUAACCUGGCCAAGGCGUACAAGGCCAAAGGAGUUGCUGUGCUUGGCGAGAAUCCUCCUUUCAUGGAUGAAGAUACGGGUACCUUAGCUCUCGGCAAAAAGGCCAAACGGCGCGCCAGGCAUGAUGUGCAGAAGGAAGACAGCAGCUCUGAAUCUUCCGACUCGGACUCGGAGCAAGAAGUGGAUGAAGAUCAUGUAGCGGGCGACAUGGCUAAAGCACCCAAAGCCAAGAAGAUUCGUCUGUCCGAGGAGGAACUAGCAUUAGGUGCUCUGCUCGUGCGCGGCAAAAAGACGCGACGUGAUUUAGUGGAUGCUGCAUGGAAUCGUUAUGCAUUUAAUGAUGAGAACUUGCCCGUUUGGUUUGCACAGGAUGAGGCCGAGCACAUGACGAAGCCACAGCCAGUGCCCAAGGAGCUGACGGAAGAGUAUCAAAGGAAGGUGCAGGAACUGAAUGUGCGACCCAUUAAGAAGGUGAUGGAGGCGAAGGCACGCAAAAAGCGGCGCGCCACCAAACGUCUAGCUAAGGCCAAAAAGAUGGCCGAAAAGAUAAUGGAAAAUGCAGAUGCCACCUCCCAGGAGAAGGCCAAGCAGCUAAAGAAGGUCUACAAGAAGGCACAGGAGAAGAAGAAGGAGAUCACCUAUGUGGUGGCCAAGAAGCACACAGCCUCGCGUCGUGCACGACGUCCAGCUGGCGUCAAGGGACGCUAUCGUGUCGUCGAUCCGCGCGAAAAGAAGGACAAACGCUCCAUUGUGGCCAAAAAGCGACGCGAAAAGGGCAGCAAAGGUGGCAAAGGAGGCAAGGGCAAGGGCAAGCGCUAGUGGAGAUAUAGUUCGUAGUCGGCUUUAUGUAAAUGCUAAUGUAUAGAAUAGAAACUAGUGGAAUAAUAUGCAAAAUAUAACAUUCAUUAACAUGAUGUUAGAUACAGAAGCUGUAAAUGUUAUUAA